AUGGUUAGUAAGGUUGCUGUUGUUCCUUGUCCUUCGGUUGAGAUCAAUUUGGAAAACGCAGACCUGGAUUUGGGUGCUGCUAACAGUGUUUUACAAGAUUCUAUGGCUCAAACUCAUUCUAAUAUGGCUUUACAUGAUGCUAAUAUUAUCUUAGAUCAAGAAAAAUGGGUGAAUGCUGAGAUUGUGAAUAGUUUUAAUGAUUUGGUCGUUGUCCUUGAUGAUGGGGAAGUUAUUUCUUCAAAGUCUUUGGAGACUUGUCAAAAGCUCCGUAAUACGUCGACGGUGGAAGAUGGGUCCUCUUUUUACAAGGAGAUCAUUCUGGUUUGGAUACUUCAACUGGGGAUUGGGUGUCCUUCCUCCAAGCUUAGGGUUAAAAAUUUAUGUUGUAUUCAUAAUAUUUCAGUACUUGUCUUGCUUGAACCUCUCAUUUCUAUGGAUAAACUGUUCAAUACCAAUAAAAUUUUGGGCUUUAAGCAUGCUUUUGCUAAUGUUUCUAAUAAAAUCUGGGUUUUUUGGAAAGAAUUUGUAAGGAUUGAUUUUAUUGGGGACUUUUCCCAAGUGCUUCAUUGUAAUAUUGAAUCUUCCAAUUUGCAAUGUGUUGCUUCUUUUGUAUAUGCUGCUACUUCUUGUUCUUUGAGAAAAAUUUUGUGGGAUCAACUUGUUAAUUUUCACAGUAUCUGUACUUUACCUUGGUUGGUUGGAGGGGAUUUUAAUACUAUUGUUAACCCCUCUGAGCGUGUUGGGGGCUUGCAUCCUAAUUUUUGUUCUAUGGAAGAUUUCAACAAUAUGAUCAUGAAUUGUAAUCUUAUUGAUAUAGGUUUUUCUGGUAAUAAUUUUACUUGGAACCGGGGCAAUCUUUGGCAACGGUUAGAUAGAGUUCUUUUCAAUAACGAUUGGGUUAAUGUUUUCAAUGCUACUAAGAUUCCAGAACAUGUGGCUAAGCUUAAAAGGCUCAAGAUGGUUUUGAACUGGUGGAACAAGAAUGUGUUUAAAAAUAUUUUUUCUAAUAUCAAGGAGGUGGAGGAGAAGAUUAAUGCUCUUGAGGCCUGUUGCCAAAAUGACCCCACAGAUGUUAAUUUUGCAGUUCUUAAGGAGGCCAAAUUGGUCCUCACAAACCUUCAAUGUCAGGAAGAGACUUAUUGGAAGCAGAAGGCUGCUAUUAAAUUCCUGGCAGAAGGGGAUAAUAAUACUAGUUAUUUUCAUGCUUUGGUUAGCAAGAAGUGUGCUAUUAAUGGUAUUCAUAAAAUUGAUCGUGGUAAUGGUACUUUUACUGAUAAUGGGGAUGAGAUUGCUAACCUUGCUGAGGAGAAUAGUAGUCUUUGUUUUGCUCCUCCUUUGGAGGAGGUGAAAAAUACUUUAUUUGAUAUGAAUGCUGACUCUGUGGCUGGGCCGGAUGGCUUUAUGGUUAAGUUUUUUCAACACUUGUGGCAUGUUAUUUCUGAGGAUGUUUAUGAUGUUGUUCUGGAUUUUUUUAAUGGGAAUCAGUUUCCCAAGGCUAAUGCUAAUUUGUGGGCUAAGUUUAUGCAGGAGAAGUAUUGUGGGGCUCUUCAUCCGUCCCUUUGCAUUUCUUCUAAAGGUCAUUCUAAAGCUUGGCAACGUAUGGUUCAGAUUAAUGGAAAGUUGAACCCUGUUUAG